GAGAUGCAAAAUCUGGCUUGUCAAAUGCGACAUUUUAAUCUGAUCAAAUUGUAUUUUACCUGCGGUACAAGUUAAUCAAUAAACCUUCCGCCAGGUGACGUUACUGUUGUCGUUGAUAAACAUCUUCACGAAUAGAUAUUGAUACGUUGGUGUAUAUUUCUUCAAGUGGUGUCAAUUUUUAAAGGUGUUAAUCAGUGAAAUUGACAUAUUACAGCAUUGUUUUCAUUUACUGUUCUGCAACAUAAUAACAUUUCAUUACAAACAGUCAUAAUUUUUAAAAAGGGGCAAUGCCUGGUGAUAAAAAGGGAAGCUGUGGGUCACAGUAUGAAAAGGCAAAAGAUGAAGUAUACGUGCUGAUGAGAUUUAGGAACGAGGUUUGUGAACUGGUGAGAACUGCCUGUUAUAGAGAAAAGAAAGUCAUCGAAAAUUAUAAUGGAAGAGUUCUGGGACUUGCUUCAGGGGUCACGAUAUACGAGGGAAACUGGCCAUGCAAUCAAGGGGUAUUAUUGAUGCAAUUUGUCAACAAAGAAUGUGCUGAGCGGUGGCUUAACAGUGACAGAAAAUUCCGAGACAAAGAGUGGCCUUUACCAUCAUCAAGUUUAGAAAUUAUCAUUGCACCAUUGAAAUAUAAGCCCCCAAAAAGUCAUUUAACUUUCCAACUAAUAGAGUUGUCUGAUUUUAUGGAUGCGCAGUUCCAGGACCGAUAUGUAGACAAAGUUACCCCAUUACUUGACAGUUUUCAUGUAAAACAUGGCGUUGUUGCUUCUUAUGACAUCGAUGGUUUUAGAAAUGGUUGGUUUAAAAGGGGAAGUUACUGUGUAUUGAAUGCAUAUGAUUCUCCAUCCAAUGUGGACGCAUUAUAUUACUCAGAUCAGUACGGUCAAUUAAAAGAAUACAGACAAUCAGCCUGUAGGACAGAAAAUGUAGUUUUUACGUUGGAUCCUGAGCUGAAGCCACCAAAGGAGUAGUGUAAUGACAGUCUUAUCUUUCUUGCAUUUCUGUAUAGUAACUUACCUCAUUAACCAAACUUUCUACCGGAAAAGAACAUAGAUUAUAGCGUUUAAACAUUUUCUAGAUCUUUCUUGACCUUGAUGUUCCGUCCAUGAAACGCUUGCAUUGUUGGUAUUUUUGUAUUUUUACUGAUAACAACAAGGGACACAACUCCUAUGAUAUAGCUGUAUUAGCAUAGAUUUAACCACAUUAUUGGAGAUGUAUAGCCGAAAUGAAUUGCUGUUUAAAUUUUUUGAAAUUCUUCUCAGUUAGAUAAGUAUAUUCUCGAACUUCUGUAUACAAGUAUAUAAACAUGAAAACGAUAUUAUCACUGUCAGCAUAGUGAACAAGAAAUUUCAAAAUAAAAUUUUGCAAUGGUAAAAGACUAUAUGCAUAUAUCAAAAUUAAUUUUGAAACACAUCAUUUAUUCAUUGUUUGCUGUAACGUGAUAUGGUGUUUUGGGGUUUUACUUAUAUGUGAAUUUCUUGUAUAUGAAGCAAAAGCACACAUUAAUAACAUACACAAGUGCAUGUGUCCUCAAUAUAUAAACAGUAUGGUCGCAAUAUAAGCUUAGCAAACUGGAUUUUUCAAGUGUUUGCUUUUGAAAAGUUUAACAAAACUCAUUCUUUAUUAUGUUGUCUCUAUUACAGAAAACCAAGCUGUGAUAUUUGUUAGUAUAUUGCAAUAUACAAAUAUAUAUUUUGGAAGUUGCUUACAUUUAUUUUUUUGUCCAGAACAGUUUCUUAUUAUUGUUAUUUUUUUUAUGUACGAGACAAUUAUUAUGUAGAUGUAGAUAAUAAAUCUUUGUAUUACAAUUAUGAUUGUCA